AUGUUACACCAGGGAGUGUACGUGACGGUGGUAACAAUUAUAUUAAUUCUCGGUAACGUUGGCGCCGUAUUUCGGAAAUUUGAAACUCUGAAGACGACUGUUAACAUCGGUGCAAUAUUUCCUCCAAAUACAGUGACGGAAGUGGCGUUUGCAUCAGCUCUGGCUCGAGCUUCAAUGGAAAGUGAACGUUAUCACUUUGUUAUGAAGGCUGUUUAUUCUCCAUUCGGUGAUAGUUUUACAGCCUCAAAAGCAGCAUGUGAGCUGCUCGCCAGCGGUGUGAUCGCAGUGUUCGGGCCCACUGACCCGGUCUCAGCAUCAGCAGUCGAAGCACAUUGUCGAGCUGCUCGAGUACCACAUAUUCAGGCAGUAUGGAGACCUCCACCAGUUCGCGGACUGGAGCAGCCAACGCCACCUGGUAUUAACCUGUACCCUGAAGCAGUAGCCCUGUCUAAAGCCGUAGCUCUGUUCAUAGCAGACAGCGACUGGAAAUCUUACACACUGCUGUAUGAUGAUGAUCAUGGACUUAUAAGGUUACAAGAAAUAUUAAAACACACUGAUCCAGAUUUAAAAUGGCUCGUUCGAAGAUUGGUUCCAGGAGAAGACAACCGGCCAUUGUUAAAAGCUUUAAAAAGUACAGGCGAAACUAGAGUGAUCUUGGACUGUCCAGCUAACAGAGUACUUGAAUACUUACGCCAAGCCAAUGAGGUUAAGUUUUUUGAAGACUACAUGAGUUACGUUUUGAUGUCACUAGAUGCCCAUACUUUAGAUCUUGAAGAACUACGUUAUGGAUUGUCAAAUGUCACGUGUUUAAGAAUUUUCGACCAUUCGGACCCAAGAACAAGAUCUUAUUUAGCAGACUGGAUAGCUAGAGGCACAGACAACGUGAAAAUUCCGCGACAAUCUCAUGAGAUUACCGUAGAAGCUGCGCUUGCUAGUGACGCUGCACGACUAAUAACAGAUGCUGUGGAAAAUUCUCCUGAGGAAUUCAAAAUAGAAGCUCAAGAAAUCAGCUGUGAUUCUGAAGACCAAUGGGAAGUUGGCGAAGAAUUUACCAAUCAUUUGCUGACGAACCCAAUCGCGGGCAUUACGAACAUGAUUAAUUUAGAUAACACCACAGGCGAACGAUUGAAUUUUAACGUGGAAAUAAUGGAAUUAUCAAAUAGUGGAUUUAAUAGCAUUGCAAAAUGGAACCCAGAAACUGGUUUUAAUUACGUUCGAACUGCAGACGAAACAUCAGACCGCUUAGCUGAAAAGUGGCAAAACAAAACGUUCAAAGUAGUUUCACGCAUCGGAGCUCCGUACUUAGUCGAAGUAACCCCCAAGGAGGGCGAGGUACUAACCGGCAACGAUCGAUAUGAAGGAUAUUCGAAAGACUUAAUACAUGAAAUAUUAAAAGAAAUACUACAUCUGAACUAUGAAAUUGAAAUAGUGCCAGGUAAUGGCUACGGUUCAUAUAACAAAGACACAAAAAAAUGGGAUGGUCUUGUGGGACAUCUUUUAGAAAGGAAAGCUGAUUUAGCAAUCUGCGAUUUGACCAUAACUUAUGAACGACGGUCUUCCGUUGAUUUCACGACACCUUUUAUGACUUUGGGUAUAAGUAUUCUUUAUUUAAAGCCAACUCCUCCCGAACCAGAGUUGUUUUCUUUUCUGAAACCAUUUUCAGUUGAUGUGUGGAUUUAUAUGGCAGCAGCUUAUUUGAUGGUGUCGUUAUUGCUCCAUAUUUUAGCGAGACUAGCACCGAAUGAUUGGGAGAAUCCACAUCCUUGUGACAAAUCUCCUGAAGAGUUGGAGAAUAUUUGGCACAUUAAAAAUUCUUGCUGGCUCACAAUGGGUUCUAUUAUGACACAGGGAUCAGACAUUUUACCUAAAGGUUAUUCUACUCGAUGGGUUUGCGGGAUGUGGUGGUUCUUCGCUUUGAUCAUGUGUUCGUCUUAUACCGCUAACUUAGCUGCUUUCCUCACCAAUGCUGCUAUGGAUGACUCCAUUAAAAGUGCUGAAGACCUCGGAAUGCAGACUAAAAUCAAAUAUGGAACACUAAAGGGUGGUUCUACGUACUCCUUUUUCAAGCGUUCCAAUGUCUCCUUGUACCAAAGAAUGUAUGGCGCGAUGGAAUCAGCUCGACCAUCCGUUUUCGUCAAGAAUAAUGAUGAGGGAUUAGACCGAGUGCUGAAGGGCAAAAGAGACUAUGCAUACUUUAUGGAGUCUACUGCUAUUGAAUACCAGUUAGAAAGGCAUUGCGACUUAAUGCAAGUGGGCGGAUUACUUGACUCAAAAGGCUACGGAAUUGCCAUGCCCUUCGAUUCGUCAUACCGUACAGCCGUGGAUAAUGCAUUACUAAAAUUGGCUGAGAGCGGCAAGCUGGUAGAGAUUAAAAAUCGUUGGUGGAAAGCGCCCCCUGAAAAUGCUUGUGUGUCUGAGGAAGCAGCCGAAGAAGGGGCAGCAGGGGAGUUAGGAGUAGAAAACGUGGGUGGUGUGUUCGUCGUAUUGGCUUGUGGAUGCAGUGCGGCCACAGCAAUGGGUAUAUUUGAAUUCCUUUGGAACGUCAGAGAAGUCGCCAUCGAGCAGAAGAUGACUCAGUCAGAAGCUCUUUGGGCUGAGCUGACGUUUGCACUAAGUUUCUGGGAGACUGAGAAGCCAGUGAAGCAUUCGCGUCCAUCAUCAACAGCUUCAGGAUCCAAUGGAGCUUCGCGAGCGUCUUCCGUGCUCCGUUCCGCAGCAGACUUAUUUCAUCUUAACGUAUUUAAUAAGUAA